AACUCAAAUCUGCCAGAAUUAAAGACCCGUGGGCCUUCUCCGUUAAAUUUCCUCUGCUAAAAUACAAAUCUCAUAGUACAAAACCUUUCUGCAUUCGAAUGGCACUCCCUGAAACCGAACAAGAAGCUGCUGAAACUCUCCUGGAUGCCUGGGACUACAAAGGCCGCCCUGCCCUAAAAUCCUCCUCUGGCGGUUGGGCUUGUGCCGCCAUGAUUUUAGGAGUCGAGGCUUGCGAGAGGUUGACAACCCUAGGAAUAGCUGUUAACCUGGUGACAUAUUUAACUGCUACCAUGCAUUUGGGCAAUGCUACCUCUGCAAAUACAGUCACUAAUUUUCUUGGAACUUCUUUUAUGCUGUGUUUACUUGGUGGCUUUGUCGCGGAUACAUUUUUGGGAAGGUACUUGACUAUUGGCAUCUUCGCAACUGUUCAAGCAAUGGGAGUAACAAUCUUGACAAUCUCAACUAUAAUUCCAAGUCUUCGACCGCCAAAAUGUUCCCCGGGCAGAGAAUCGUGCAUCCCUGCUAGUGGAAUGCAGCUAGUUGUUCUUUACAUAGCAUUGUAUCUAACCGCACUCGGGACCGGGGGCCUAAAAUCGAGUGUUUCAGGCUUUGGGUCAGACCAAUUUGAGGAUUCGGACAAGAAAGAAAGAGAACAAAUGACCAAGUUCUUCAGCUGGUUCUUCUUCUUCAUAAGCAUUGGAUCACUUGCUGCAGUGACAGUUCUUGUUUACAUUCAAGACAAUUUGGGGAGGGAAUGGGGAUAUGGAAUUUGUGCAUGUGCCAUUGUUUUUGGUGUAGUUGUGUUUUUGGCAGGCACAAGACGAUAUCGUUUCAAGAAACUUGUGGGAAGUCCUUUGACGCAGAUCGCCUCAGUGUUUGUGGCCGCAUGGAGGAAGAGACACAUCGAGCCGCCGUCCGAUCCUUCCCUUCUAUACAGUGUUGAUGAUAUUGAAGUAAAUAGCAAGAAGAAGAAGCAAAAAUUACCGCACAGCAAAGAGUUCAGGUUCCUUGACAACGCAGCAAUCAAAGAUCCUGAAAUAUCUAUGGUGAGUAAGUGGUAUCUUUCAACGUUAACCGACGUAGAAGAAGUCAAGUUGGUGGCUAGAAUGCUACCCGCAUGGGCCACAACAAUAAUGUUUUGGACUGCCUAUGCCCAAAUGACCACAUUCUCAGUGUCACAGGCCACCACAAUGGAUCGACACAUCGGAAAAUCGUUCCAAAUUCCGGCUGCCUCCCUAACUGUCUUCUUUGUCGGUAGCAUUCUCCUAACCGUCCCAAUUUACGAUCGCAUCAUUGCUCCGAUUUGCAGAAGGAUUAUAAAGAACCCUCACGGUCUCACUCCAUUACAACGUAUAGGAGUCGGCCUAGUACUAUCGAUACUAGCCAUGGUUGCAGCUGCACUUACUGAAAUCAAGAGG